GCCGAGGUCGACACCGAGGUGGUUUCCUGCUGCGCCAGCAGUGGUAAUGGUGCUGCUGCUGCUGCUGCUGCCUCAGCAGCGUGCACUUGCUGCGUCAGUUGCGCUCCUCAACCCCAGCUUUGAAGAAGAUGCGCUAUCCGACGGUGCCACAUCCAACACCGUCACGGGCUGGUCUGUCACGGACGCUGGCGUCCUCAACCCGCUGUCACAGGACCUGCCACAAGUGCCAGACGGCUCCAACGUCUUGGUUGUGCAGCAACAAGGCGAAGCCGCCCUCGCCGUUGUCCAGACCAUCGAUCAAGGAGAUACCAUCUCCGUCACAGUGCAAGCGACGGCGCGGACCAUGGUUGCGGGGGCACUGCCAGCGUCAGUGACAAUUGCACACCCAAGCACAGGCGCAACCCUCGCAAGCAGCGAUAUCACCGAGGGUGAUGUGAUGGCAGGGACAUUCUCUACUUUCACCGUCUCUUACGAAGCCAUGGAGGCUCUGUCGGGGUUCCAGAUUGUACUUGCUUGCAACUCCCAGGCAGACGGAUCGCAGCUUGCGUUUGAUGACGUACAAGCCAAUGUCACCGCGCCCGCGCUGUCCUGUGAUCUUACGAUCCCUACCAGCACCGACAUUGGCGGAGACUGCUACGCCACCUUUGCCGAUGAGACGGCCUGCACGGAGUGGGCAGACGGUCUUGUGCAGUAUGCGGACAGCCAAGGCCGCUUCAUCAGCGCGAGCUGCCCCAACACGGGCUUUCCAAGCUUUCGUGUGCACGUUUCCCAGGGCUGCAACGACCUUCCCGGCAUCACAUCAAACCUGCCAUGUGGAAAUGGAAUGCCCGACUGCCAGAGCAACACAUUCCUCAUCUUGGCAGACUAUGAGGACUGUGACUGCUUCUGGGAGGCGCUCACCCGCGAAAUCUGUCACGCCAUGCCCGAGACAACGGCUUGCGGUCUUCACUACAACAACCACGACUACGACCCUGCCGACAACGACAACGACCACCACAACGCUGCGAACUACAACCACAACUACAACAACCACAACUUCCACCACCGGUGA